AUGUUAAAGACUCCAUCAUUUUUAAAUUUUGAAGUUUUGUCAAAAUGGAAUUCGAACUACAAUACACCACCAAUAUUUUCCAUAUAUAUUUUUCAUGGAAUACUAGAAUGGAUUAAAAAACAGGGUGGAAUAAAUGCGAUGCGUUCAACUAAUGAACAAAAACGUAAAAUUCUUUAUGAUGCAAUUGAUGAGUUCUCAGAUUUUUAUUUCUGCAUAGCAGAUAAACAAUAUCGAUCAAAUACAACUGUGCCAUUUCGAAUUGGUUCUAAAAAAGGUAAUGUUGAUUUAGAGAAUAAAUUUUUGGAGGAAGCAAAAACCCAAGGAAUGAUACAAUUAAAUGGUCAUAUGACUGUUGGUGGUAUUAGGGUAGCACUUUAUAACUCAAUUACAGUCGAUAAUUUAACAACUUUGGUUACUUUCAUGAAAUAUUUUUACAAGGACAAUGCAGUAAUAUCAAAAAAGGUAUAA